AUUACUGCCAAUAACAAAAAUGUUUCUACCGCCAGCAACAUACCGCUAAGUACUCAACGCAUUAUCAAGCAAAGAAAUUUGUGUGUGCAAUUAGAGAGGGAUACAGAGCACCGGAACAAACAACCUUAGAUGAGACAAAUCCAAUGACUUGAACUGUGGUCGGGCUAUUGUUAGUAUUUUUGGCGCUAUGUGAACGAGCGAAAAAAAAACAUUGAUCGAAAACCGUGAUAUUUGUAACAUUGAAAUAGAUUUAAGGUGGAUUUGCGGCAAGUCAAUUAUGAUUUCUUAGAUAUUCGAAACAAUUUGUUAUUUUUUGGGGAUUUGUAUAAAACUUGGCGAUCGUCAGGGUUACAGCAUCAGUUUCACAACAGCAAUUCGAACAACAACAUCUAAACAAAUUAAUUUCCAAAUCCUGAGAAAAAUCAUGGCUUUCAAAUUUGUCAUCUUAUCUGCUCUCUUGGCUGUGGCCAGCGCCGGUUUUAUUGCUUCCAAUCCAACCCAUUAUACCGUUGCUAAUCCUUCGGAGGAUGCUGUGGCUCAAACCCAUGAAAGUGUAGUGCGUUCAUACGAUGGUACCGUAUCACAGUAUUCCAAAUCGGUACAUACCCCCUACUCCAGUGUUCACAAGCAGGAUACCCGCGUAAACAAUAAUGUCUACACCCCCAAAACUGUUACCUAUGCUGCUCCAGCUGUUGCCAAGACCGUUACUUAUGCCGCACCCACUGUAACCAAAACUGUCUAUCACAGUCCUGAGAUUCAUGAACAACAAAAUGACCAUGUUUAUGCUGCUCCUGUUCCCACAGCUGCUGUUUACACCCAUUCUGCCCCUACUGCUGCUGUUUAUACACAUGCUACACCUGCUGUGGCCACUUAUACCCAUAAUGCUCCAGCUGCUCAUACCGUAUACACUCAUUCGGAACCUGCUCCCACCGCUGCUGUCUAUCAACAUCAUGAGGUUCCAUCAACCGCUGCCACCACCACUUAUAAUCAUGGCCCUGCUACUCACACCACAACCUACAAUCAUGGACCAGCUGCCACAACUUAUAGCCACAAUGGUCAAGGUGUCUCCGCCUAUGGUUCCAGCCAAACUGUUCACUACUCACCUGCCCAUAUGGUUUCCCAUAUGAGUUUUGAUGGUUUCGGUACCCAUUGGGGAUAUUAAGUGACGAAAUUGUGGCCGGAUAUAUUCUGUCAUAAUCAUGUUGUUGUUUUCA